GCGUAUAACCUAAAAAUUGUUCUUUGUUUUUAUUUAUUACAUUAACAAAAUGCUAUCUGUUAUAAAUAAUUGCAAAAAUAUUCACAUAAAUGCAUUACUAGUACAACAAAUAAGAUACAAAUCCAAAACACAUUGGGCUAAAUUAAAAAAGAAAACUAGUCCAAAGUACAAGGCUCAGAAUCACUUCGACGAGUUCUAUGGGUCGGUGUUCGGCGGGAAAUGGCCUCCGAUGAAGGAGGCGAUGCUGCGGCGUUCCAAAUACGUAGCUGUUGUCAACAACUACGGAGACUCCGAAGAAACUAUUGAUUUCCUCACCGAGAGAGGUGCCCACUGUCUCAAAGCCCUCAUGUCGGUACAGCAAGAGUUCCACAAGCAGUACCCACCCACACCCAUGCACACAGACAAACAGACAACCAGCCUAGAACAGUACACAGCCAAAGUGCAGUCGGACGACAUAUCCAGCAUAUACCCUGAAGACAACCUGCCCGAGAAGCUGGAGCUGAGUGAUAUGACGAUUAGAAGUAGCGAGGAGGAGAAGGAAGUUGAGAAACAGUCCUCUAAAAACCUGACCCUAGAGGAAUCCUUGGCCAGCGCGCAAAUGGACAUGUCCCGCAUCAUCGACCCCUCGAUGGGGGUCACUUCUGAAGCCCUGUACCAGUAUGUGCCAGCCACGCAGCUGAAGGGCAUGGAUGAGUGGGUGCCGGAGUCGCUGCACUAUUCUUACUAUACUAAAGAUAAAGACUUCCCGUUGGCAAUAGAGCCGGAGACGGAAUUCAGUUUUCCGGAGCACCUCAAAGUGUACACUUAUGAAAUGGGCAGCGAGUGGAACAUGUUUCCUGAACCAAAGAGAUGUAAAACUAGUGUAAUGAACUAUUAUCCAAUGGACUGUGGCAGCGUGCUAGCAGUGCUAGCAUUAUGCUUGUCCCCCGGCGACCGCGUGCUAGACCUGUGCUCGGCCCCGGGAGGCAAGGCGCUAGUGGCGCUACAGACCUUGUUACCCGACGUUAUAGUGUGCAAUGACUCGUCAAUUUCAAGGACCAACAGGAUCAGCCGCAUAUUCCGUGACUACUUGAUCGACUUCGACACGAGCAACUCGUGGCGCGAGCGAGUCGUUAUAUCCACGCGCGACGGACGGGAAUUUACUGACGACCAACGCUUUGAUAAGGUAUUGGUAGAUGUGCCGUGCACGACCGACAGGCACACAAUGAACGAGGAUGAAAACAACAUCUUCAGACCGGAUCGAGUGAAGGAACGUCUGCGUAUGCCGGAGAUGCAGUCGCAAUUGUUGACGAACGCCUUGAAGCUAGUCCGAGUGGGCGGGGCAGUAGUAUAUUCCACGUGUUCGCUCAGUCCCGUCCAAAACGACGGCGUUGUCCACAUGGCUCUUAAGCACGCAUUUGAAACGCAUGGUGUGGUCGCCACUGUCAAAGACCUAUCCGUGCCCUUCGCGAAUCUGGCAGGCACGCUAUCACUAGCCGCUGGGUCCAUUGCGCCGCGCUACGGGCAGCUGGUCACACCCACGAACGAUGCCAACUUCGGGCCCGCCUACAUUGCCAGGCUAGUCCGUGUCAAGUAA